CCCUCUCCCUCUCGUUCUUCCCUCCCAGCCGCCGCUCUCCCUCCCUCUCGCAUCUGCUCUCCACCGACGACCCAAGGGAGACGACGGCCAGCGGCGGGGAAGCAACCGGACGGCCAGCGGCGGGGAAGGAACCGGCCGACCUGCAGCGCCUCCUCCUCUCGUCCUACCUGCAGCACCUCCUCCUCCCGGCCCGAUCCGCAGCGCCUCCUCUACGCCGAUCUGCCGCGCCCACCCUAUCUUCCUCGAGCUGCAGCAGCUCCUCCUCCUGAAGCAAAGGGUUUGGGCGUGUCAGGAUUGGAUCGAUGGCCGUGGCGACGGCGGCAGCAGAGGUGGUGCUGCACCACAUGGGGCCCGUCCCUCGAGUGGAAGAGACGAGUAAUGCGGCGGCGGCGGAGGCGGAACUCGAGGGAGACGACGAAGAGAUCCUGCGAUUCAUGGACUCGGCGGACGGCUACCUCCUCCUGAUGGAUUCGCUCUCCUCCGCUCUUCGCCAGGGUUGGCUUGAUUUGGCAAGUGCGCGUCACUCGAUGGGCGCAUCACGUGUUUCAAGUACACUGUUUGAUCAUAAAGAGCAAUCUGCAGCCACUACGCUGCAAGUAGUUUAUCCUGCAGACUUGCCACCAUCAGAAUCAAACCCGCAUUUUUCUCUAUCAAAGUGGUGUUUGAAAGAAGAAUCAAACUCCAGUGAUAUUGUCAGUGCUCAGGAUAGCGCUACAACAAAACUAAGGUACAGAGGAUCAGCUGCUACCCCAGAUAGUAGCAAUGAAUCAGAUGCAACUACGGCAAAGUCUUCUACUGGUGUUGACGUUAACAGUCAGGUUCAAAAGGCGAGAUCAAAAGCAUUAUCAGUCUUUGGAGCAUUGGUGUCUCCAAAAUUACGAACAGCCCAAGUUUCCUUUGAAACAGCACUUGAACUAAUCGUGGAGUUAGCAAAUUCAAGAUCAGCCAUCCUCUCUAGUUUCUCCCAGAUAAAUCGUGGAGCAUGAUUUGCUACCUGAGUUUGAGGUUCUGUACCCUUGCACACCAUCUAUCCUAUUUGGGGUACCAGCAAUUAUGCAAUCAGCAGUGGUUGUAGACAAAAUAUCAUAAUACAAUCUGAACUGUUGACGUACGUGGGAAUGUAUAUUUUUGUCCAUUUAUUUGUUGUACUUUGACUUUCCUUACAACCAUGGGAACAAAGACAGCAGUUUUUUUUAUGGUUUGUAUGGUUGAAAUAGAAACAUAAAUAAAUUUUGGUCUCAGGAUGA